CUAGCACCAGGAAGCGCUGUGGGGAGAGGAGCGGAGUUGAGACUGAAGCCAGGUGAGGCUGGCGUUAGGGCUGGCGUCCUGGUGUGGGGAAGCUGAGGCCGCCUGAGAAGUGAACGGCGGUUCCCGAGGAAGAAACAGCGCUGGGCUCUAGAAGGAAAGGAAUGGCUGACCUAGAGAUGGGAAACCAGGAUGGUGGCGUCCUCGUCCUCGCUGAAGCUUCAGGAUCUAAUCCAGGAGAUUCGUGAGGCCAAGACCCAGGCCCAGGAGCGGGAGGUGAUCCAAAAGGAGUGCGCCCACAUCCGGGCCUCCUUCCGCGAUGGGGACCCUCUGCACAGGCACCGCCAGCUGGCCAAACUGCUCUACGUCCACCUGUUAGGCUACCCCGCCCACUUUGGACAGAUGGAGUGCCUGAAACUGAUCGCCUCCCCCAGGUUCACAGACAAGAGGGUGGGCUACCUGGGGGCCAUGCUUCUACUGGAUGAGAGGCAGGAUGCCCACCUGCUUAUUACCAACAGCAUCAAGAAUGACCUGAGCCAAGGGAUUCAGGCGGUACAAGGCCUGGCCCUGUGCACUCUGAGUGCCACAGGCUCUGCUGAGAUGUGCCGGGACUUGGCCACUGAGGUGGAGAAACUGCUCCUGCAGCCUAGCGCCUAUGUGCGCAAGAAGGCUGUUCUGACUGCAGUGCACAUGAUCCGGAAGGUCCCUGAGCUCUCCGAAAUCUUCCUCCCACCCUGUGCCCAACUGCUUCACGAACACCACCACGGCAUCCUGCUGGGCACCAUCACGCUGAUCACGGAACUCUGCGAACGAAGCCCUGCGGCCCUCGAGCACUUUCGAAAGAUGGUGCCCCAGCUGGUGCACAUCCUCCGGACUCUGGUGACGACGGGAUAUUCCACAGAACACAGCAUAUCUGGAGUCAGCGAUCCCUUCCUGCAGGUCCAGAUACUUCGUCUGCUUCGGAUUCUGGGCCGGAACCACGAGGAGAGCAGUGAGACCAUGAAUGACUUGCUGGCCCAGGUUGGGGUAGCCACGAACACAGACACCAGCCGAAAUGCGGGCAACGCAGUCCUGUUUGAGACGGUGCUCACCAUCAUGGACAUCCGCUCUGCAGCGGGCCUGCGGGUUCUAGCUGUCAACAUUCUUGGCCGCUUCCUGCUCAACAGUGACAGGAACAUUAGGUACGUAGCCCUGACGUCCUUGCUGAGGCUGGUGCAGUCUGAUCACAGUGCUGUGCAGCGGCACCGGCCCACCGUGGUGGAAUGUCUACGGGAACCUGAUGGCUCCCUCAGCCGGCGGGCCUUGGAACUGAGCCUGGCUCUGGUGAAUAGCUCCAACGUGCAAGCCAUGACACAGGAGCUGCAGGGUUUUCUGGAGUCCUGCCCCCCUGAUCUACAGGCGGACUGUGCCUCAGGCAUCCUUCUGGCAGCAGAGAGGUUUGCCCCAACCAAGCGGUGGCACAUAGACACCACCCUACGUGUGCUGAUGACGGCAGGCACCCAUGUGCGCGAUGACGCAGUGGCCAACCUGACCCAGCUGAUCGGGGGCGCCCAGGAGCUCCAUGCCUACUCUGUGCGCCGUCUCUACAGCGCCCUGGCUGAGGACAUCUCCCAGCAACCACUGGUGCAGGUGGCAACCUGGUGCAUCGGGGAAUAUGGGGACCUCCUGCUGGAAGGGAGCUGUGAGGAAAUUGAGCCCCUGCAGGUGGAGGAAGAGGUGUUGGCACUGCUGGAAAGGGUGCUGCAGUCCCAUAUGUCCCUGCCGGCCACCCGAGGCUAUGCCCUCACAGCCCUCGUGAAGCUCAGCACCCGGCUCCGUGGGGACAACAACCGCAUCCGCCAGGUUGUGUCCAUCUACGGGAGCUGCCUGGACGUGGAGUUGCAGCAGCGGGCGGUGGAGUAUAACACCCUCUUCCAGAAGUAUGACCACAUGAGGGCUGCCAUCCUGGAAAAGAUACCUCUUGUGGAGCGAGGUGGCUCUCAGGUUGAUGAGGAAGCAAAGGAAAACGAAGAAACAGCCCAGCUUUCGGAAGCAGCCCCUGUCCCCACAGAACCCCAGGCCUCAAAGCUCUUGGAUCUGUUAGAUCUCCUGGAUGGCCCUUCUGGGGACGCCCAGCACCCUCCCCCUCUGGACCCCACCCCAGGAGGCGCUUUGAUACACCUCCUCAACCUUCCCUGUGCUCCCCCACCCCCUGCUCCCAUCCCAAAUCUCAAAGUGUUUGAGCGCGAAGGACUACAGCUGAAUCUUUCUUUCGUUCGACCCCCUGGAACCCCUACUUCGCUGUUAAUCACUGUCACUGCCACCAACACCUCAGGGGGUGAUGUCACCCACUUCAUCUGCCAGGCCGCUGUGCCCAAGAGUUUCCAGCUGCAGCUACAGGCUCCCAGUGGGGACACAGUUCCAGCUCAGGGUGGCCUUCCGAUGACCCAGCUCCUCAGAAUCCUCAAUCCUAAGAAGGCCCCCUUGCGGCUGAAGCUGCGCCUCACCUACAACCACUUUGGCCAGUCGGUGCAGGAAAUCUUUGAGGUGAACAACUUGCCUGUGGAGACAUGGCAGUAACUCGGCCUCCACUCACAGCCUGAAAUCCUCCUGUGUCCUCAAACCCAGGGGCCCCAGCUACUUGGAGCCCGUAUCUGAGGACAACCAGCAGGUGGCACUCUGGUCCUGUACUUGCCACUGUAGAAACUGGGGUUGGGGGGCUGCCCCCAACCCCACAAAUAGUGAAAGCCCAAUAAAGCCUGAGGGGGGGAAGGCA